UCUGGGACCACGAGCAUUUUCAGUCAGAACGACGACUGGAAGAGGCGGGAUGCGAAAAUGGCGAUAAAACCAGUUGAAUUCUUCUAGACUGAAGCUUUUACGAAUUUCCUCGAAUUUAUUUACUUUUUCAACAAUACGAAUCCAAGUUUUGCACUUAGUGCUUAUCGAAUUGACGGAAAACGAACAUCACUGACCCUCUCCAUACGAGAGCGGCGAAAAGAAACUUACUUGGAGUUUGGGUAGGUAAUAAGACAGACAAACAGAAAGUGAUACGUAAAGAGAUGGGUGAAGACGACUCAAAAACGUCUUCAAGUCUGAACAUGAACCAACAUUUCUUGCACAAGUUUCAACACAGCCAGUCAGUUCGCCAACAGAAUAAAGAAGACGGUACACGACGCCAAGAUGGUGGCAAACAGACCCGUAAAGUAGCUUUUCCGUCUAAGUUCAAACCUAGUAUGGAAAUUUAUCGCCCUCCAGGUGUUCGUGUUGCUGGUGACAUGACUAGUUUUAUGAAGCAGAUUCCAGCAUCAGUAACCAAUGGCCAUUAUAUACAGAAUGACAUAAUUAAUACCACAAACAUGGCGCCGCUUUCGGAGUCAUUAUCACAAAAAACAAAUAUUGGAAGCCCUAAAGUUCACUUUCAGUGUAGUCCCACAAAGUUCUCUGGCCAUCGCUCUAGCACUCUCAAGCGGUCGAAGAGUUUCGGAGGAGCUGAGGUUAUGGAGAUGGCCGCUGCAGGAUUUGAUCGUGAUGGCUAUCCAAUUGAAUAUCAAGGGCUUGUAAAAAAAGCUUUACAAGAUCCGAACUCUCUUUCAUCCCGUCAGUUGAUGGAAGUGGUUCGAGUCCUCUGCAACAAAGCUGUUCAAAGUAUCCAGCAUGCAGAACCUGCCGCUCAGAUGUGUUUCACCAUAAUUGAAAAAGACAACAGUGAAACAUUUCUGGAAAGUCUUCUCAACUCUUGCCGGGAGUGGUACAAUGAACGAGACAAGCUCUUACGAUCACCUCUGACGUCAUGUCAUGGAGGACUGGAUGGUACAGGAGGAACCUUCCGCCGAUGGACUGCUUACAUCUUCUUCCUCACGGAACUCUUCCUUCGCUUCAAAAGUCGACACCGAAACGUUAUCAUGACUAUGUCGGCACAAGGGGGUGCCCUUAGCAAUUCUCCAACCCCCACGCCAGCUGUAGAAGAUCGGUCACUGUCGUUGAUGAUGCUAAUUUAUGAAUGCUGCGAAAUAAUUCUGAAACCACCAUCUUUAAACUGUGUGGCUGAGAUCGAGUGUCUCCGCUCUGUGCUGACCUCUGUUGGCCGCCAAUUGCAACUUGACUCUCCCCAGCGAAUGCGUCAGUUGGUUAGUUUAAUGCGGGACGCAUUUAUCAAUCCGUCCAUUUCCUCCCAGAUACGAAAAACUCUUUUGGAACUUGUGGAGCUGCAUGCCAGCCAGUGGCAACUGGAUUUGCCGCAGUCCAUGUAUUACUUUCCAUACACAAGCAUGGAACGGAAAUGACACCUUAGUACUAGAUUUAAUUAAAUUUAGUGAUUUAACCAAACAAGGUUAAAAAGCAAUCGUAAAAAAUAAUACAAUAUCGUUCAUAAUCUUGAAAGGUAUCACUAUUCAGGUAUUACCGAAUAUCUAUCGUUUGUUGACAUGAGAAUAAAAUGAUCAUCGAUUGAUCACCUGAUUUGCUCAGCAUGUAGCAAACGCAACUAAACAUUUUUCGAGAUAUUUAGUAUAACGUUGGAUACAAAGGUGAAACAAUGUGGUUUAAAGAAAGUGAAAAGUAUUUGUUUAAAAACAAUUUCAACUGGUUUUUUUCUUCUAACUUUUCCAUCAAAACUUUACAUCAUUUGGUGGCGAAAACAUGAUGUAAGAUAAAAAUUACUUCUGUCUGGUAGAUAUUGUUUUGCUUGCUAGUCUAUAUUUAAUAUAUAUAUAUAUAUAUAUAUGUAUUUAUUUCCUAAAAGUAUUUUAAGUAUAUGAAAUUUAUG